GAACGUCUAAAUCAAAUGCUAAAAUCUUGCAAAUUUGUGCCGUCGGUCACUCUGUAAUGGUGACAUUCCGACGGGCAGCUCGCUGUUCUUGGCAGUGAUCGUCAACAAGACAAGCGAUCGGCCAUCUCCUUCUCGCCCGAUCUACUUCCCAAUCAGAGACGCCUCGGCCAUCGCUUGUAGCUUCGCUUUGAGUGUCUUCUACAAGAGAUCUGUGCAGUUUUUCCACCCUCAUAAAUCAAUGCUUUGUGAAAGAUCUGUGCCAAUAGAUCUUACACCGCAUUUUGGCAUCUAAGGCGGAGUUGCAGGGAAGUUCAUAAAUCACUAUGGGGUGUCUGAACCAGCAAUUUGAAGCCAAUGGCAUAUGUUCAGAGCCCAAAGGUGGCAUGGGUAAGCCAUCCAGGAGUGCCUUGGCUUGCAUGGUAAACUCAGAGAUUGGUGCGGUUUUAGCUGUGAUGAGAAGAAAUGUACGAUGGGGAAUUCAGUAUGCCUCUAGUGACGACCAGCUAGAGCAUUCUCUCAUUCAAUCCUUCAAGGAACUACGGAAAAAGAUCUUCUCAUGGCAACACCAAUGGAAUGUUGUUGAUCCAUUAGUCUAUCUCCAGCCAUUUUUGGAUGUGGUACAAUCUGAUGAAACCGGUGCACCAAUCACAGGGGUUGCUUUGUCAGCCAUUUACAAAUUCUUGACCCUUGAGAUUCUUGAUUCGACUACUAAGAAUGUAGAUAAGGCUUUGCAUCAGAUAGUUGAUGCUGUCACCAGCUGCCGGUUUGAAGUUACGGAUUCAGCCUCUGAAGAAGUGGUGCUGAUGAAGAUUCUUCAAGUUCUUUUGGCGUGCAUGAAAAGUAAGGCAUCAAUUUAUUUGGGAGACCAGCAUGUAUGCAACAUAGUAAAUACCUGUUUCCGGUUGGUCCGCCAGGCAAGUGCCAAAAGCGAACUAUUGCAGAGGAUUACACGUCACACAAUGCAUGAAUUGGUUCGGUGUAUUUUUUCUCAUUUGCCUGAUAUCGAGAGCAGUGAAGAUGUUUUUGUUCAGAGGAGCAGAUUUUGUGCUACCCCAGAGGUUGGCAUGAUGAUGGAUGUUCAAACACCUGGGGAUGGACAAUCUGACAAUGGUUCUGUUAAUGUAGAAUCUAACCACAAGACAUCUUCUGAUGAAGGUUCUGUUACUAUACCUCCUUUGAAUGUGUCCCCAAGUCAAUUAACAAGCAAAAAGAAUGAACAGGGCAGUCAAAAGGAGAGUGUUAUUGGUGGAGCUCUUUCCAUGAUGGAUCCUUAUGGAAUCCCUUGCAUGGUGGAGAUACUUCAUUUCCUAUGUUCUCUUCUAAAUGUGAUGGAUCACAUGGAAAUUGGUCCAAGAUCCAAUCCUAUAGCAUAUGAUGAAGAUGUCCCCCUUUUUGCUCUAGGUUUAAUUAAUUCAGCAAUUGAAUUGGGUGGGGCUUCUUUUGGAAGGCAUCCCAAAUUAUUGGCCUUGAUACAGCAGGAGUUGUUCCGUACUUUGAUGCGAUUUGGCUUGUCGAUGAGCCCACUAAUCCUUUCGACAGUUUGUAGCAUUUUUUUAAAUCUCUAUCAGCAUCUCCGUGAUAAACUAAAGCUGCAGCUUGAAACUUUCUUCUCUGGCGUGCUCUUGAGGAUUGCACAGAACAAACACGGAUCUUCUUAUCAACAGCAAGAAGUUGCUUUGGAAGCUCUUGUUGACUUUUGCAGGCAGAAUGUUUUCAUGACUGAGAUGUAUGCUAAUUUUGAUUGUGACAUCUCCUGCAGCAACAUAUUUGAAGAACUUGCUAGCCUAUUGUCAAAGAGCACGUUCCCAGUCAAUAGCCCUUUAACAGCAAUGAACACCAUUGCUUUGGAUGGUCUAAUUGCUAUGGUUGGUGGUGUUUGUGAGAGAAUCGGGCAUGGUCCAGUUUCAGAACAUGUUUCAUUAGAUUCUGAAGAAUAUAAGCCAUUCUGGACCGAGGAAUGUCAAGACUAUAAUGAGCCUAUCCAUUGGGUUCCAUAUGUGAGUAAGAUGAAACAUAUUAAACAGAAGUUGAUGAUUGGAGCUGACCACUUUAACCGAGAUCCUAAGAAGGGUCUGCAAUUUGUUCAAGGGAUGCAUUUGUUACCUGGCAAGCUAGAGCCCACAAGUGUAUCAUGUUUCUUGAGAUAUGCACCUGGAUUAGAUAAGAACCUUAUCGGGGAUUUCUUGGGGAGUCAUGACGAGUUUUGCAUCAAUGUGCUUCAUGAAUUCGCAAGGACAUUUGAUUUUGCUGGAAUGAAUUUGGAUAUAGCACUACGGAUAUUUCUGGAAACAUUUAGAUUGCCCGGAGAAUCUCAAAAGAUACAGAGGGUACUCGAGGCAUUUGCCGAAAGAUAUUAUGAGCAAUCACCAGAUAUUCUGGCAAACAAAGAUGCUGCUCUCCUCUUGUCAUAUUCAAUCAUAAUGCUUAACACCGACCAACACAAUGCCCAGGUUAAGAAGAAGAUGACAGAAGAGGAUUUCAUCCGCAACAAUCGGAGAAUUAAUGGGGGAAAUGACCUUCCUCGUGAGUUUCUGUCUGAUCUUUACCGCUCCAUAAGUGAGAGUGAAAUCAGGAUGACCCCAGAUGCUGGUACUGUAUCCACUGCUGUUAUGAUGCCAAGCUACUGGGUUGGUUUGGCCCACAGAUCCAACCAAACCGCCCCAUACAUAGUAUGUGAUACGAAACCUUACCUUGACAAACAUCUCUUUUCUAUAUUGUCUGGGCCUGCAGUCGCUGCCAUCUCUGUGGUUUUUGAUCAUGUCGAGCACGAAGGCAUUUUGCAGACAUGUGUUGAUGGAUUCAUGGCUGUUGCUAAGAUUUCAGCAUCCUAUAACUUUGAUCAAGUGUUGGAUGAUUUGGUUGUGUCACUAUGCAAAUUCACCAACAUGCUGCUUCCGUCAUACGCUGAAGACUUCAUUAUUAGAUACGGCGAUGAUAGCAAGGCAAGAAUGGCCACCACUGCAGUUUUCACAAUAGCAAAUGAGUAUGGUGACCACAUUCGCUCAGGCUGGAAAAACAUUCUGGAUUGCAUCUUAAGCUUGCACAGGUUCGCCCUUCUUCCUCCUCGUAUCCUAAGUGAUGCAACUGAUGAUCAAGACUCAUCGUCUGCUGAUGUGGGAAAAAACACAACCACUGUGGAUCUCCCUCAAGUGCCUCCCCUAACCUCGAACAGGAAGUCAUCCGGCUUAAUGGGCCGGUUUAGCCAGCUUCUGUCCCUGGAUAUAAUCGAUGAUCCUGUAGAUGACCCCAGUGAGGACCAGAUUGAUGCACGCCAACGGAUUCUCAAUAUGAUAAAUACUUGUCACAUUGAUAGCAUUUUUGCUGACAGUAAAUUUCUGCAAGCAGAGUCUCUCUUGCAGCUCGUUCAAGCGCUUGUUUUGGCCGCAGGGAGGCCUCAUAAAGGGAAAAAGGAAGAUCAUGGAGGAAUUGCCGUGUUUUGCUUGGAUGCUUUGAUUGCAAUCACACUAAACAACAGGGACAGGAUAAUGCUUCUCUGGCAAAGUGUUUAUAAGCACAUAGCUAGUAUAGUCCAAUCAACUGCAAUGCCAUGUGCUCUGGUGGAGAAGGCCGUGUUUGGAUUGCUUCGAAUAUGCCAGCGGUUGCUUCCUUACAAAGAGAAUCUAACCGACGAGCUUCUCAUGUCUCUGCAGCUGGUGUUGAAACUCGAUGCCCGCGUCGCCGACGCGUAUCUGCCGCAGAUCACGGAGGAACUGAUGCAUCUCGUGAAAGCAAACGCCCCGCAGAUACGGUCUCUCGUGGGCUGGCGCGCGAUCGUUUCCCUGCUAUCGAUCACGGCCCAGCACCCGGAAGCAUCCGAUGCGGGGUUCGAGACGCUGUCGUUCGUCAUGUCCGGCGACGGGGCCCAUCUCUUGCCUGCGAAUUAUAUCCUCUGCGUCAACGCCGCCAGGCAGUUCGCUGAGCACCGGAUUGGCAGCGUCGACCGGUCCGUAACGUCCUUGAAUCUGAUGGCGGGCUCGGUUGUCUGUCUCGUGAGGUGGUCCAGCAAGACGAGGGAAUCCCUAGCGGAGGAGGCUACUUCAAAGAUGUGCCAGGACAUAUGGGAGAUGUGGCUGAGGUUGGUACAGGGGCUUAGAAAAGUGUGUUUGGAUUCAAGAGAAGCCGUGAGGAACCACGCGAUUCUGAUGUUACAGAGGUGCCUGACAGAAGUGGAGGGAAUCCACAUCCCAAAUGACUUGUGGUUGCAAUGCUUCAAUCAAAUAAUCUUCACACUAACAGAUGAUUUGGUUGAACUCACACAGCGUAAUAACUCCGCGAAGGACCAUAGCAUCGAAGGGUCAAUUGUCUUGUCCCUUAAGCUAAUGUCAAAAGUCUUCUUGCAGCGUCUUCAUGAUCUUCACCAGCUGGAGUCUUUCCGCACACUAUGGUCGACGGUUUUGGACUGCUCAGAGAGAUGCGCGAAUGUGAAACUUAGGGGGAAGAGAAGUGGGAAAAUCAACGAAUUCGUUCCAGAGCUCCUCAAGAACAUUUUGCUGGUGAUGAAGACCAGUGGGGUUCUGUCACCCACAGAAGAAGGCGACAGUUUGUGGCAACUGACAUGGUCUCGUGUGGAAGCCAUAGCCCCAUCUCUAACACCAUCAGAACUAUUUCCCCCAGCUGAACUUGUAGAAGAAGAGCAUUUGCAGAAGCAGCCGGUUGUUGCAUCUAACCAAUAAACCACUUCAUAAAACACGCUGACACGACUAUGAGAAGAAACGCGAGGGGCCCUUUCAUGGUAAGGCUUGGCUGAAUCUCUGUACUGUGAGUUUCUUUCUGGGGGAGAGGAACUAUUUGGUAACACAUCAUCUGUUUCAGCCAAAUAAUUGUGUGGAAAGCAAAGCUGCUUGUUCUACUCCACUUAAUAAUCUGCUGAGAUGCAAAAUAAGCCCUCCCGGUUAUGGCUACCAAACGAGCCCUAAAAAAGAGUAAUAUGCCUGAGAAGAGAGACAGUACAUGUAACAAAAUGAGUUGCACACCAUUUGUGAAAUUAUCAUUAUUUUUGUUAUACAGAGUAGUACAUUGUCACUUCAUUAAGUUACAUACACAUAUAUCUAUUCACAAUGUAAGGAUAAAUUUUGUAAUUUGAUAGAAGUUGAAAGAGUCAGAAGAUGUGCUGCUGUUAAAAGAUUGU